AGAAGGGACAAACCCGUAAUUUCGCUGCAUCACCCCUAGACACUUUUGCCCACUCCUUCCCAGAGUUAACCACACCAGUGACCACGACGCCUUUCUCUGCUCAGCACUGCCAUUAAGCGAAGCCUACCCAGCAGAAAAGACGCCGGAAAUGGAUGGGCAUGACACAGAUGACCCUAAGCAGAGCACUGCUGAUAUGACAGUUUUUGUGCAAAAUCUUCUUCAGCAGAUGCAAUCCAGAUUCCAGACAAUGUCUGAGUCCAUCAUCACAAAGAUUGAUGAGAUGGGCGGCAGGAUAGAUGAGUUAGAGCAGAGCAUCAACGAGCUCAGAGCCGAGAUGGGGGUGGAGGGCUCACCUUCUCCUUCGGUCCCUUCCAAGCCAAAUCCAGAAUCCAAGUCACCCGAGGAUUCAGCAUAAUGCUGAGCUGUUUGUUUUUGCUUUACUGAUUUGGAGGGGGAACCUGAUUUUACCGUGUUUCGGAGUAGAUUUAAUGUUCAAUGGAUUUGAAACUCUCUUUUGAUUUGUCCUUUAAGUCUCUGAUUUUGUCGUUUAACAGAAUGCUUAUGGCUGGUUGAGAGCAUUAAAACCUUGCUAUGCUUUUUCCAUUACAAUUUUCAAAAUGUGAUUGUUUUUGUUGGUUGGUGUAAUGUAAUGAACUGGGCCAUUGACAAACUGGCACCACUUGCUGAAAGUUUUCCUGGAAAGGUAUUUUAUUGUAUAA